AUGUCCGAUAUCCCUCACGUCGCCAACUGGAUUAAUGGCGCCCACGCCCCUCCAUCAGAGCACCGCAUCCAAGUCAUCAACCCAGCGUCAGAAACCGUGCUCGCCACCAUCGACGCCACGAUGCGCGAGACCGUCGACGCCAUCCUCGCCCAGUCAGUGCACACAUUCCAGCAGGGUCCCUGGUCACACGCCGACGCCUCGACUCGGUUCGCCGUGCUCUCCCGCGCCGCCACGCUCCUCCGGUCUCGCAUCCCCGAAUUCGUCGACCUCGAGACGCAGCAGACGGGGCGGCCCGUGCGCGAGAUGCGCGCCCAGCUCGCCCGCAUCCCGGAGUGGCUCGAAUAUUUCGCCUCCCUGGCGCGGACGCACGAGGGCCGCGUCCCGCCCUUCAAGGGCCCCGUGGUCAACACCCUCACCCGCCUUCCCCUGGGUGUCGUCGCGCAGAUCACGCCGUGGAACCACCCGCUAUUGAUCGCCACCAAGAAGAUCGCGGCCGCGCUCGCGGCGGGGAACGUCGUCGUCGUGAAACCCUCGGAAAUGGCGCCCCUGUCCGUUCUCCGGCUGGGUCUGCUGUUCCAGGCGGCGGGCCUCCCCGAUGGGACCUUGCAGAUCGUGUGCGGCUACGGGCGCGAGACGGGGAAGUUUCUUUGCGAAAGCCCGCUUUUGGCGAAGAUUGAUUUGACCGGUGGGAUGGCUACGUAUCGCGCCAUUGCGCCCCGGGCCGCGGAACAUAUGAUCCCCGUAACUGCAGAAUUGGGGGGCAAGGCACCCGUGUGUUUGUUCCCGUCGCUGGACGUGGCGCAGGCGGUGAAAGCGGCGUUGUUUGCCAGCUUUAUCGCGAGCGGCCAGACGUGCGUCACGGGCAGUCGACUGCUCGUGCAUGCCGACUUGUAUGACCGGUUUGUCGACCUGUUGGUCAAGCGAGUCAAGGCGCUGCGCGUGGGCGAUCCGACCGACGCGCGCACGCAGAUCGGCGCCGUUAUAUCGCAGGCUGCGGUCGAGCGGUGUGCUGCGUUUGUGGACCGCGCGGUCAAGGAAGGGGGCAACGUCUUCUGCGGUGGUAACCCAACCAAGGUCGAUGGGAAGGGAUUUUUUUUCGAGCCCACGGUCGUCGAGACUCAUGCGGCGUCUGAUCUGUCACGCAACGAGGUCUUUGGUCCUGUCAUCGCGCUUAUCAAGUGUGACUCCGAAGAGCAUAUCAUCAAGAUCGCCAAUGAAAGCUCCUUUGCGCUGGGCGCCUCGGUCUGGACGAACGACUUUGCCCAGGCGCACCGUGUGGCGGAGAAGAUUGAUGCCGGCAUCGUCUGGGUCAAUGGCCAUCACCUCAACGAUCCUUCUUCCCCCUGGGGCGGCUUCAAGGAGAGUGGCAUGGGAAAGGAGAAUGGUGUGGAAGCGUACGAGAGUUACACAAAGGUCAAGAGUACUGUCUUCAAUUAUGGGGUCCAGCCGACGUGGUUUGACGACGAGAUCGAAAACGCUCGCUAUGGGUAG